GUUUUCAUAAUGCUUGGGUGCAUUUGAUGUGAAUUAUUUUAAUAGUCCAAAGCCAUUUUAGUUUAUAGAUAAAAGCUUCAUUUUACAUGGGCCACUUUGUUCACCCCUUGGUGGUUUGUGGUAGUUGUUUAUAUAAAAGUAUUUUCUUUUCUUAAAUAUAUUUUCUAUUGAUUUCAGAGAGGCAGGGAGAGGGAGAGAUAGAAACAUCAAUGUGAGAGAGAAUCAUUAAUCGGCUGCCUCCUGCACGCCCCCCACUGGAGAUGGAGCUCACAACCUGGGCCUGUGUCCUUGACUGGAAUCAAACCUGGGACCCUUCAGUACGCAGGCCAACGCUCUAUCCACUGAGCCAAACCACGACCUCCUUGUUCAUAGAUCCACGUUCAACCACUGAGCCAGCACAUACGAUGAAACUGAGGCACAGAGAGGUUAAAGAACUUGCCCAAGGUCACAUAGCUGGAAAUGACUUAGAGGCCUUACAAUUACAUCUGUGCAUUCUUGCUUUCGACAUUACAAUUGAGGGCCAACCCAGUCUGGAAGCACCUCUUAUUAAUGUUACAAGGAAAUGGCUACCUCAACAAACAAAAGGAAAGAAGACUUAUAAUAACAAAUGCCAUUUUUUAAAAAACAAAAACUUGUUUUCAGAAAAUAUUAAAGAAAAUUUGGAAUUUUUUUGCAUUCAAAAGAAGCUUUACAGGUAAAUGGAUUUGUCAGGCAGGCUCUGUCAAAAUUCUGCAGGGAUUUGAUCUUCCUUCUUAAGGACUUAAAGUAAUUCUGUAUUGCUUUUUAAAUUGCUGUUGAUCAGCUUGUAGGUUUUUGGGUUCUAACUUUUCUGGUAUAUUAAAGAUACAUUAUUAUAUUACAUUUUUUAAAGUUAUUUUUCUGCCAUUGUAAAUACAAGUAUCAAAAUAUUCUUGCAGAGUAAUUAUAGGUGAGCAUUUUUCUCAAGCAUAUCUUUUUAUUAAGAGAGUGGAAUGCUAACAGUUCUUAUACAGCAUUUUGGACACACUUAUUUUUUGUCAGAGGUCCUGCCUAUACUGAAAAUAUUAAUUAUAUAAACCUGUUGUCCUUCUCACAUCUAUAUUGGAUCCCAUGGUCACCUGCCUCAUAGAAAUGCCUUUUUUAAAUCUUAUAUUUUCAGAACUCCACUAUUUUUAUACCUAGCUACAGUUUUGGGGGAUAAAAGACUCAGAACCCUGACUCGCUCACAGUCACUGGGACAAUUCCCUCUCCCGCAUGUAUUGCUGCAGUGCCCAGGACAGUAAAAUGGACUACAAGCGGCGCUUCCUGCUUGGCGGGUCCAAGCAGAAGGUGCAACAGCACCAGCAAUACCCGAUGCCUGAGCUGGGCCGAGCACUAAGUGCUCCCCUGGCAUCUACAGCCACCACUGCCCCCCUGGGCAGUCUGACCGCUGCAGGCAGCUGCCACCAUGCCAUGCCCCACUCCACUCCCAUUGCCGACAUCCAGCAGGGCAUCUCCAAGUACCUGGAUGCCCUCAAUGUCUUCUGCCGUGCCAGUACUUUCCUCACAGAUCUCUUCAGCACUGUGUUCAGGAACUCUCACUACUCCAAGGCAGCCAUGCAACUCAAAGAUGUGCAGGAGCAUGUCAUGGAAGCAGCCAGUCGGCUGACUUCAGCCAUAAAGCCCGAGAUCGCCAAGAUGCUGAUGGAACUUAGUGCUGGGGCUGCAAACUUUACAGAUCAGAAGGAAUUCAGUCUCCAGGACAUUGAGGUGUUGGGGCGAUGUUUCCUGACCGUGGUGCAGGUCCAUUUCCAGUUUUUGACCCAGGCAUUACAGAAGGUCCAGCCAGUGGCUCACUCUUGUUUUGCUGAGGUGGUUGUGCCUGAAAAAAAGAGCAGCAGCAGCUUAUCUGGCAUGGGCCACACACCUGAACUGGAGGAAGCUGUGCGAUCCUGGAGGGGGGCUGCUGAGGCAACAUCUAGACUAAGAGAAAGAGGCUGUGAUGGCCGCCUGGCAGGAAUUGAAGUUCAGCAGCUCUUCUGUUCUCAAAGUGCAGCAAUUCCUGAGCACCAGUUAAAAGAACUGAACAUAAAAAUUGACAGUGCUUUGCAAGCAUAUAAAAUAGCUCUGGAAAGCUUAGGCCACUGUGAAUAUGCAAUGAAAGCUGGUUUUCACUUGAAUCCAAAAGCAAUUGAAGCCAGUUUGCAGGGCUGCUGCAGCGAGGCAGAAGCACAGCAGACUGGGCGGAGGCAGACGCCCCCGCAGCCCAUGCAGUGUGAGCUUCCUACUGUCCCUGUGCAGAUCGGAUCACACUUCCUGAAGGGUGUCUCCUUCAACGAGUCAGCCGCUGAUAAUCUGAAACUUAAGACGCAUACAAUGUUACAACUGAUCAAGGAGGCAGGCUGCUAUAAUGGAAUCACACCAAGGGAUGAUUUUCCUGUAACUGAAGUACUGAACCAGGUGUGCCCAUCCACAUGGCGGGGCGCCUGCAAGACUGCCGUACAGCUGCUGUUUGGCCAAGCUGGACUGGUGGUCGUUGACACAGCACAGAUAGAAAAUAAAGAAGCCUAUGCCCCCCAAAUCAGUUUAGAAGGCUCAAGAAUCGUGGUUCAAGUCCCGUCCACAUGGUGCCUGAAAGAAGACCCUGCUACCAUGUCCCUGCUGCAAAGAAGCCUGGACCCCGAGAAGACGCUGGGCCUGGUGGACGUGCUCUACACGGCUGUGCUGGACCUCAGCCGCUGGAGGGCAGGGAGGGAACAAGCUUUGCCCUGCAUACAGAUACAGCUGCAAAGGGAGAUGUGUGAUUUUGGGAAUCAGGCUGACCUCCCUUCUGGAAAUGGGAACAAACCUUCAGGCGGCCUGCAGAAGACCUUCUCCAAACUGACAUCUCGCUUCACCAAGAAAGCUUCGUGUACCAGCUCUGGCAGCAGCACCAAUUAUUCCAUCCUAAAUACCCCUUCCAAAAGCAUCUUCAUAGCUGGGUGUUCAGAAGAGAAAGCCAAAAUGCCCAGUAAUAUUGAUUCAAGGUUACAAAGCAUUUUGAACAUUGGUAAUUUUCCUAGGACUGCAGACCCUUCACAGUCAGCUCAGAAUCCCAGUAAUCAAAUGGCCAAUGGUUUUCUCAUGGAGAAGCGUGACAGCUUUCUGCAAGGGGAUGAUGGCAAGGACGAGAAGGGUAUGAAUUUACCAACUGAUCAGGAAAUGCAGGAGGUGAUCGAUUUUCUCUCCGGCUUUAAUAUGGGCCAGUCACAUCAGGGCUCCCCAUUAGUGACAAGGCGUAAUUCUGCUGCCACAGCCUUGGUGACUGAACAGAAGGCAGGAGCCAUGCAGCCACAGCAGCCACCACUGCCUGCGCCCCCUCCACCGCGGCCACCCCAAGCUGGAACACACACACCUCUGACACCCCAGCAAGGCCUGGCACCUCAGCAGCAGUCCCCAAAGCAACAACAACCCCAGGUUCAAUACUACCAACACCUGCUCCAACCCAUUGGACCGCAGCAGCCCCCACCCCAGCCUCGGGCCCCUGGGAAAUGGGUACAUGGCUCAUCCCAGCAGCCAGCACAGCCCGUCGGAGUGGGUCUGUCUCCUCUGGGCCAGUGGCCUGGCAUGUCUGAUCUCAGUUCUGACUUGUACAGCUUGGGUCUGGUGAGCAGCUACAUGGAUAACAUGAUGUCGGAGGUUUUAGGGCAGAAGCCGCAGGGACCUAGAAAUAAUACCUGGCCAAAUCGUGACCAAAGUGAUGGAGUCUUCGGAAUGUUGGGAGAGAUUCUGCCUUUUGAUCCUGCAGUGGGUUCAGACCCUGAAUUUGCACGCUACGUGGCAGGAGUGAGCCAGGCAAUGCAGCAGAAGCGGCAAGUCCAACACAGUCGCCGUCCAGGCAACCCUCGGGGACACUGGCCACCCAUGGAUGAUGCCCAUAGAACCUGGCCUUUCCCAGAGUUCUUCACAGAAGGGGAUGGCCUGCACAGCGGCUGGUCGGGUACUCAGGGAGACUCAGCCAGCUCGAGUGAUGAGACAUCCUCCGCCAAUGGCGACAGCUUGUUCUCCAUGUUUUCAGGGCCUGACCUCGUUGCUGCUGUCAAGCAGAGAAGGAAACACAGCAGUGGAGAGCAGGAGACCAGCACGCUGCCCUCACCGCCUCUUCUUACCACAGUGGAGGAUGUGAAUCAGGAUAACAAAACCAAAACGUGGCCACCCAAAGCACCCUGGCAACACCCUUCUCCACUACCCAGCACACUGCCUAGCCCAGGCGCACCACUCUAUGCGGUCACCAGCCCUGGCAGCCAAUGGAACGACACCAUGCAGAUGCUGCAGUCCCCGGUAUGGGCUGCAAGCACCGACUGCAGCACGGCCUCCUUCUCCUACGUGCAGACCCCACCACAGCCCCCACCCCCAGCAGCACACAAGGCAGCGCCCAAGGGCUUCAAGGCCUUCCCGGGGAAGGCUGAGCGCAGGCCAGCCUACUUGCCCCAGUACUGACCCAGGCCUGCCUGCCCAAAGCUGUUGGGGCCAGUGUCCCCAUCCUAGGGCUGACUAGCUGGCACCAACCCCCCAGAGGACCAGUGCACCCCUGUCCCAGGCAAGGAUCCUUGGGGAUGGGGGUGGUUGGCAGCUCCAAGCCUUUAAGGCCUGGCUUCUCAAACUUUGGAGGCAUCAGACCCCUAGAGGGCCAGCUGAAGACUGUCUCUGACCCUCCUCAGGGAAAUGCUGGAUCUUCGAGCUUAAUAAGCACUUCUGGUGAUUCUGAUGCAGUUGGGCCACAGGCCACACUCUGAGAAAUAGCUCUCGAGUUUGUAGUCCCACUGUGUGUGCUGGGAAGGCAUCAGGCUGGAAGGAUGACUGCAAAACUGACCAUUCUUCUGAAACCUCUCCCUUCUUAACACGUUAAGUGAUGACCACACCAAUCACUGUAUUUUAUAGCUAUUUUUCAUACAGGUUUUCAGUUAAAACAUCUCCUGCCUAAAAUGCAUUGAAGUUUUUAUAUGUUUUAUUGAUUUUUUACAGAGAGGAAGGGAGAGGGAUAGAGAGUUAGAAACAUCGAUCAGCUGCCUCCUGCACAUCCCCCACCGGGGACGCGCCCGCAACCCAGGCACAUGCCCUUGACCGGAAUCGAACCCGGGACCCCUGAGUCCACAGGCCGACGCUCUAUCCACUGAGCCAAACCGGCUCGGCGCAUUGAAGUUUUUAAGAUAACAAAUGUAGCGGCUGGAGGUUUGUUCAACACUAUUUUUAUUUAAGCUUAUACAAAACGGGCAACAUACAGAAUAUGUGUGAUCAGAAGCAAUUACCUGGGUUUUCUGUGUGGGCAGCCCCUCACCACCCCAGCAGCACCCAGGGAGUGCAGCUUUUGUCCGAUUUACAAAAGCAGGAUCAUAAAACUGAAGUCGAGGCAAUUCCUGAUGGUGCAUGGAGAUGAGCCAGCUGGCUACUGUCUGCAGGACAAAGACACACCUGUUGCCCUCAGGUCCUUCCACACAUGGCCAGAGGCUUCAAUACAGUCUAAGAGGUUGGGUGUGGUCAAGAGGCUGUACAGAGAUACCGGCACAUGAAAUUGCAGUAACUUUUAUGAACUGGCUCAAGACAAACCAAUUAAGAUAUAGAUAGGAAUUAAAGUAUUUUCUUUUUUAAAAAACCCACCUCAUAUUCAGUUAACGUGCCAUUAAAUAGAUAACAUCCUGUGGAUUUAGGGAUUUUCCAGCCAGAAUGGAUCCAGAAGAAUUGAAUGGUGCUUAAAUUGAGAAAUAAUAAUAAAUAUAUCUAUAUAGAAUAGACAUCCCACUGUAUAUUAAUUGAGGUUACAGAAGUUCUUUAUAUAAAACUUAUUUAAAUUUUUCAUAUUUCAUCUUUGAAAAAGUCUAAUUGAAAAAAAUCUGUAAUAUUUUCUGGUAUGAAAGUUUGACAGUAUUAAUAUUUUUUUUAUAUUUUCUUAAAUCAUUAAACCAUUUUAAUAUAUGUUAACUACUAAUAAAUGGUUUAUUCUUUCUAACUCCAUAUAACCUUUUCCAGCAAAGAUUGUAAUAACACAUUUAUGUUCUCAUUUUUCUACAGAUAUAAGUAAAUUUAUAUUUAAAAAAUACCAAAAAGAAAAUAUAUAUAUAUAUGUCUGUAUACACACUAAUUAUAGAGGGCCCUGAGGGUGUCUGAGCCCAGCCGCCUGAAUUUUCAAUACUGUGUCGCCAGGCUACGUCCAGGCCCGGGUGUUGUCCUGUGCUGUGUGAGGAUGCCAUUGCUGCCUGUACUUGUGAUCCUUUCACCAUGGGUUCUGAACAUUCACCUCACCAUGUUUACAGAGAACUAUUUUGUACAUAGACUUUUUCAGGCACGUGCUCUGCACCAACCCUGCGUGGCUCUUGUCUGUAUUAGCCGUCACAGUGUGUGCACUAAACUCUGUUGAAGUUGUUUGUGGCUGUUUGACUUGUAACAUAGUUUUCGAUUUCCUUCCGUAAUGUGUCCACAGUACCCUGUAUUUCAAGUUCUGAUAUACUAAAGUACUCUUGUAUUAAUAGUGCCUCCCCAAGACCUCACCCUGGUCAGAGGUCAGUCCUUGAUGCCCCAGCACAGCUGACGUCGAAGUUGCUAAUUGUCCCAUUCUAGUCUGUUUUUCUUAAGACAUUUUUUAAUUGCAUCUCCAUGGGCUGUGAGACUGUGUGAAGCUGUUUGUGUGGUCUCCUGGUAGGUGCUGUGUUCUCAGCACCACCUUGUUCUGAACACUGGUAAUUCCAGGUGCUGCGCGUGGCAGAGGAGUCUCUCCAAAGCGCGUGUGUUUGCAUGUGUGAGCGCGUGUGUCCUUUGUGUGGCCGGGCAUGGGUCCUUGCUCAGGCAUCAGCAGGACAUUGUGUGAAUAGUUACAAUGCUUCCAAACUGGAACUCUACAUUUUGUAUCUUUUAAAGCUCCUAUAAGUAAAUUAACGAUUGGCUUUAUUAAAAAUAUACAUUUAAUAAUA